UCGUUUUUCAAACAGAGGCGAUUCACUUGCACAGGUUAUUCCACCGACGUCGUCUGUUACUCCGUAGGAGAGUAAAACCAACGCUAACCCUGCUAAAAGUGAAGGCAGAGGAAAUAAAAAAGGUUCAAGCUUUCCGGAGAAAUUCCAUCAUCUUCUCUUCAGGAUUUGAACAAUCAAUUCAUCAUGCAACUCACUCUCGAAUUUGGAGGGGGCUUAGAGCUUUUGUGUGACUCCAAAAAGGUCCAUCAUGUCAAUGUUGACCUAUCAGAUGGGGAAGAGAAGCUAACUAUGAAAGGAUUGCUAUCGUGGGCCAAAACGAAUCUUAUAAAAGAGAGGCCAGAGAUGUUUAUGAAAGGAGAUACUGUGAGACCUGGAGUUCUCGUGCUAGUUAACGACUGUGACUGGGAGCUUAGCGGUCAUCUUGACACAACACUAGAAGACAAGGAUGUGGUCGUCUUUAUUUCUACCUUACAUGGUGGCUAAUUCUAAUAUCAGUUAGAUGAACAAUGUUAGUGAUGUAUUGAACCAUUUAAAAGAUUAUACUCCGAAUUUCAUGAUCAGAUGUUAAACACUACUUGUAUAACAUUGGAGAAAGUAACCAAUAUUCCUUGAAUUUGGA